CACUUUCUUUAAAGUAGAAAUACGGGUUUACAUGAUGAUCAGCUUCAUGUCCUGCAGCUGACAGCAUGAUUGGAUCAAAAGAUUUGUUUUGAAAAUGGCAGGAAGGAAUUAUUUGGAUCUCCAGACAUUAAUUGCACUGAUUUGUAUACAUGGCUCCAAAAGUGAAGACCGGGUCGCAGAUUGCCUUUUUUCGUCGCAGACAUCUCACGUUAUGUCCGCGUGAAAUCAAUGCAUCUAACUAACUCCAUCUCUGUAUGUAGAACAGCUGAAAAUCUGUCAUUUCCAGUUUGCAAAAACUUGUGCAAAUACGUAUAUAUAUGUACGCUUUCAUGCCUUAAAUUUCAUCACACACUCCAACACUCACUGGCCCUCCUACUUUCAUCUUUACUUCUUUAUUUCUGAUCCUCCUUUUUGCUUUUGCUUGCUUGCAUUUACAUUUAUUUUCUCUACUGCUACAACUACAUACAUUUAUAUUUGGAUAUAUCUACAAUGAGAAGUGGGCUUAAGCCAUGGAUUGUGGUGUGUGUGGUUGUGGCUGUGGCGGUGAAUCUCCUUAAUGGGGUUGUGGCGGAGCCCCAAGUUCCAUGUUACUUCAUAUUUGGUGAUUCACUGGUGGACAAUGGUAACAAUAAUAACAUUCAGUCCUUGGCCCGGGCUAAUUACUUGCCUUACGGGAUUGAUUUUCCAGACGGGCCGACUGGGAGGUUCUCCAAUGGUAAAACUACAGUUGAUGUCAUCGCGGAGCUGCUAGGCUUUGACGACUAUAUUCCGCCAUACGCCAGUGCACGAGGCGAACAAAUACUCAGGGGAGUGAACUACGCAUCUGCUGCUGCUGGAAUUAGAUCAGAAACUGGCCAGCAAUUGGGUGCUCGAAUCGAUUUUACUGGGCAAGUAAAUAACUACAAGGACACAGUUGAACAAGUGGUGAACAUACUAGGUGAUGAAGACUCUGCUGCCAAUUACUUGAGCAAGUGCAUAUACUCAAUUGGAGUGGGCAGCAAUGACUAUCUUAACAACUACUUCAUGCCUCUCUACUACUCAACUAGCCGUCAGUACUCGCCUGAACAAUAUGCCGAUAUCCUCAUUCAACAGUAUUCCCAACAAAUAAGGACUUUGUACAACUAUGGAGCUCGGAAGUUUGCUUUAAUUGGAGUGGGGCAAAUCGGGUGCAGCCCGAAUGCGUUGGCCCAGAAUAGCCCGGAUGGCUCUACAUGCGUGCAAAGAAUUAACGGCGCAAAUCAGAUAUUCAACAACAAGCUGAGAGCAUUAGUUGAUGAGUUCAACAGCGAUGCACAGGAUGCAAAAUUUAUCUACAUUAACGCAUACGGAAUUUUCCAGGAUUUGAUUGAGAACCCUUCAGCCUUUGGUUUUAGGGUGACAAAUGCUGGAUGCUGUGGGGUGGGGAGGAACAAUGGGCAAAUAACAUGUCUCCCUCUACAAACUCCAUGCCAAAACAGAGAUGAAUACUUGUUUUGGGACGCAUUCCAUCCCACAGAAGCUGCAAAUAUCAUUGUCGGCAGGAGGUCAUACAGUGCUCAAAAGGCAUCAGAUGCAUAUCCCUUUGAUAUUCGCCGCUUGGCUCAACUCUUUGAUCACUGCUUUUUCUCCAAUACACCAUCACUCAAUCACCCACCUUUCAUUUUUUAUUCAGCAAAAAUGACACACUCUAAUAACAUUAAUGUCUGCUUCUUGUUUCUACUAUUUAUUGCAAGUACAUUACAAACUAUCGUUGUUGGCGAACCCAAAGUUCCAUGCUUCUUCAUUUUCGGAGACUCGCUGGUUGACAAUGGCAACAACAUUAACCGGAAUACGACGGCUAAAGUCAAUUACUUCCCUUAUGGGAUUGAUUUUCCAGGUGGCCCGACUGGAAGAUUCAAUAAUGGUCGAAAUAUAGCAGAUAUCAUUGCUGAACUAUUGGGCUUCGACAAGUACAUCGCCCCGUUUGCCAAUGCUACAAAUCAGGACAUCCUCCGAGGAGUGAACUAUGGAUCCGGCGGUUCUGGAAUUCUUGAGGAAACAGGACACCUCUUCGGCGACGUGAUCAAUUUCAAGGAGCAAUUAUCGAAUCACGAGGUUGUGAUUUCGCGCGUGGCGAGGUUACUAGGAAGUGAAAGUGUGGCAAAACAACAUUUAAGUAGGUGCAUAUAUUCAGUUGGAAUGGGCAAUAACGAUUACCUGGCCAACUAUUUGCCUCAAUACCACUCCAAAACCACCCCAUAUACUCCACGCCAGUUUGCUUCACUUGUCAUUGCCCAAUACUCAAAGCAGCUCCGAAGGUUGUACGAUGCCGGCGCAAGAAAAGUAGCCGUCUUUGCACUUGGUAAAUUAGGCUGCAUCCCACAGCAGUUGGCGGCCUACGGCGCCUCCGACGGCUCCUCCUGCGUGGAAACCAGUAACAAUGUCGUUAAAAGUUUUAACGAAUAUCUCAAGAUUCUCAUCCACUAUCUUAACAGCAAUCUCGCUGACGCCAAGUUCGUAUACACACAAGACACCUCCGACAGUGAAUCAUACGGUAAUAUCAGUAAUUUGAGUGAGCCGUGUUGUGGUGUAUCGGCAGAGGACGGGCAAUGCGUUGCGGGGAGUGCUCCGUGCAGCAACAGGGAUGCGUAUUUGUUCUGGGAUGCAUUCCACCCGACGGAGGCUGCAUCGUUGCUGUCUGCCAAAAUUGCGUAUGAUCAUAUGUCUCCACUGUUUGCUGAACCUGAAUCUGAUGCUGUUGCUAGUUAUUAGUUGGAUGAUGUGCUAUUUAGUAUUUAUUCCGCUCACUCCUCUUUGUAUCAGUGUGUUAUGGGCCUUGUCCUCUUUAAUCUCAACAAGUGGGCUGGAGUUUUUUAGCCU